AUAAACGCAAGGUGUAGAGGACGAACGCGAAAGAUUUAGACUGGUCCGAAAGGCUCGCCGCGUCGUUUGGCGACGUUCUAACCUAACAAAACGAGUGGAGAUGGCUGAGUCGGAGCAAGAAAUCGGAGAUCGCGGGGACAACGACAAUUUGAAGACGGAUAAGCUAUUCAUCUUAAAGAAAUGGAACGCCGUGGCUAUGUGGAGUUGGGACGUGGAGUGCGACACUUGUGCGAUUUGUCGAGUUCAAGUGAUGGACUUCGAAUGGGCAGUUCGGAUGAAUCGCUCUAGUUUGAGAAUAAUUGGUCUUUGGUUUGAAGAAGAUCACGCUGGAACGAUGAAAUUUUUAAGAAAAUUACGCAAUAUGGGGAUCGUGCUGAUAAUCCUCUUCGUUUGUGUACUUCCUUGCCUCUACUCUUUGAUCAAACAAUGUGACAGUUUAAUGGCGGUGAUAGAUAAUCUUUCAUAUACUAUUCCUUUGACAAUAACACUGAUGAAGUAUAUCGUUAUAUUGAGUAAAAAGGAAGUUCUCUUGCCACUCGUAAACAUGAUCGCGGAAGAUUGGGCAAAGUUGAAAACGGAUUUCGAAAGAGACGUGAUGAUACAACGAACACGAAUUACCCGAGCAACCAGUAUACUGAGUUAUGCGUUAAUAUUUACUGCAGUAAUGUUCAUGAUAGUCCUACCAAGAACCGGUAUUACCACUAGAUACGUAACAAACGAAACCAACAUAAAAAAGCUUUUUCCGGUGCCAACUUAUUAUAUUUACGAUAUAUCUGAAACUCCAUAUUUUGAGAUAAUGUUUCUCCUUCAAAUGGCCACCUUAGUGUUAAUGGCACUUUGUUACAUUGGUGUCGAUAAUUUCUUUGGAAUAUUGAUCCUUCAUAUUUGCGGCCAAUUGGAAAAUCUUCGUACACGACUUGCAAACAUAAAACAUUUGGAAACUUUUGAUCGUAUUUUAGUGACCACGGUAGAAGAUCAUGUGCGACUUAUUAGAGCGGUCGAUGUGAUCGAAAGUAUAUUUACGAUGUUAGUCCUCGCGCUGUUAUUCUAUUUCGGCACAUUUGCUUGCAUUUAUGGACUAUUAUUAAUGACCAUACUCACCCAGGAAGAGCAAUUUUCCGUAUUACGAAUAACCUAUUUAGCCUGUAUUUUUCUGAAUACAUUUCUUCAAACGUCUCUCUACUGUAUCACAGGACAAAUUUUAGUAAAUCAGUCCGAAGAAGUAUACGUUGCUGCGUACGAAUGCGAAUGGUUGAAUUUGAAAUCGAACAAGGCGAAAAGUUUGAUUUUAAUCAUGGCAAGGGCCCAGAGGCCGCUCUGUUUAACCGCAGGAAAAUUAUUUCCUAUGACGAUGCUAACGUUUUGCAACGUCACUCAGCUAUAUAUCCUUCCUGUUGACGAAGUUAUAGUAAAGUACGAUUGUUUGAAGAAAAAGGCAAACGCCGACGGUAUACCGUGUAGUCCUGAUCUUAAGAACAAUUAUAUGUAUAUGACAGAGGCUGCACCCAAUCUCGUGCUACACGAUUCGUGCAUAUUACAUUAUAAUCAGCUUAUAUGUAUUGAUAUGUGGCACAUGAUGCGACCGAAUAAAUGA